CCUCCAGCCUGUAUUGAGUCUCGUCUCCCUUGGUGAUGAGACCCACCAGAGUCGUGUCGUCAGCAAACUUCUCUAUACGGUUGUCGCUGUAGGUUGCAGUGCAGUCAUGCGUCAGGAGGGUGAAGAGCAGCGGACUGAGCACGCAGCCUUGGGGGGGCCCCGUGCUCAGCGUGAUGCUGGCGGAGAUUUUGUCGCCAACACGUACUACCUGUGGCCUCUGACUGAGGAAGUCCAGUAGCCAGUUGCAGAGGUAGGUACUGAGGCCCAGCGCGUCAAGUUUGCUGAUGAGGCGUUGUGGCACAAUGGUGUUGAAGGCAGAACUGAAGUCCACAAACAGCAAUCUCACAUACGAGUCCCUCCUCUCCAGGUGGGUGAGGGCCGAGUGGAGGGCAGAGCAGAUGGCAUCCUCAGAAGACCGUUUGGCUCGGUACGCGAACUGGAAGGGGUCAAUGGUGGGGGGGAGAACGGAUCGGAUGUGCUCCAUGACAAGCCGCUCAAAGCACUUCAUGAUGAUGGUCGUAAGUGCCAUGGGGCGGUAGUCAUUGAAGCAGGACAGAGCGGGUUUCUUCGGCACAGGUACGAUGGUGGCAGCUUUGAAACACGACGGGACGAUGGCCUGCUGCAGGGAAGUGUUAAAGAUGUCCGUGAAGACAUCCGUCAGCUCACCAGCGCAGGCUAGGGGCCGUAUAUCACCCACAAAGCCAAGGCAUUUGCGAGAAAAUGAACGGCGUUCUAAAAAACAGAAUUUCCAAAAUUUGCCAACAUACGGGCUUGAAUUGGAUAGCUGCCUUGCCACUGGCACUAAUGGUAUGCAGGUCAAGUGCACUUCGCGACUUGCACUUGACUCCUCACGAGUUGGUGACCGGGAGACGCAUGCCGUCACCGUGUCUGCGCACCAGUGGCAAAGGCCCAAGCCUGUCAAUUUUGGAGAACGAAAUGAAGGCCUAUGUCAAACACCUAACCACGGUACAUAGGAACAUUUCCACCUAUGUUGUCAACAGGCAAAAACAAGAAGAAGUGCAAGAGAGACUCGAAGCGAACACUAAAGACGCAGUUCAGACAGGGGACAAGGUGUACGUGAAAGUGUUUCGCCGAAAGUGGUUCAACGAAAGACAGCAGGGGCCAUUUGAAGUUGUGCGCUGUACAGGGACGGCGGUGCAAGUCAAAGGGUCGCCAACGUGGUACCACCUGACACACUGCGUCAAGGUACCCAAGGACGAAGAACCCAGAGGAGUGAGUUGCUCCUGCGACAACCCAGAACGACUACCAGAACGAGAAUCACCAGAGGACCAGCAUCGGGAGGUCGACAGGCAUGACCAAGAUGUGGAUGCUGUUGGGCCUGCAGCUCCUGUGCCUAGCGGGGCCAGGGUCAACACAACCAAUGCCCGGGAAGGCCAACAGUUCAACUGCAUCCAUCUUGGCGACGCACCCAAUGCAGCCGGGAGCGACGCCCCACAGUGCGGUACGACCGAGUCAAGUGCGGCUGGACGGGGCCCCCUCGGUGGACAAGGUCGUCCGGCGGAACAAAGCGGCAGACGUCCAGUCCGCCGCAGAGUCCGACCGAAACGUUACGUGGAGCAGUGUUGAAGGGGUGGUGGGAGGCGCCAUCACGCUGCCGUGCAGGUGCCCCAAGGAGAAGGGGUCUCGGUGCACACGCACCGCCCAAUGGGAGGACAAUGCGGGUAGCGUACUUGCAUUGGCGGGCCGAACAUUUGCGGAUGAUGUACUGUUUCUGAAUACAAAUAAACGGUUCGAGGUGUUGGGGGAUUGCGCGUUGUACAUGACCAAAAUUGGCGGCACUGAUUUCGGACAGUAUAAAUGCACCUGUUUUAAAUGGAGGGGGAAGAAGCGGGCCGCUCGGAGGAGCACGGCAAGGCGAUACGCAUUAAUUUCGUGAAGUUGGGAGAGAAAAAGCCGGGUGCUAAAUGGCACCCAGGAAGCUCGAUCGCUGGGCUUGCCGAGAAGGGGUUAGCGGUCGCGACCAAGAACGUCGCCGCGCCCCUGUUAACAAAUGACGGUACCGUUGUAAUCCAGUCGGGCGUCUCGGACGGCAUUGUGACGACGGUGGAGGCCGAGGGGCCGUUGCCUGACGUGGCGAGGCCAACUGACCCAGCGUUCGCAGAGUUGGAUUGGUCCCCGACGGAGGGGCGAGAUAACUUGCGUAGUGUGGCGCGACGAGCGGCUGCAUGGAGGGCUUAUGGGUUUGAGGCCUCGGCAUUAUCGGGGGUCGACGAAUGGGCGAGGAAAAAUAUGUGGUACCAACUGACGGCGCAUUCAAUUAAGUCCUCCAAGACGAUGAGUGGGCCAUGUCUAGUCCUGGUCAAGACGCCUAGUACACUACAGGCGGUUUUUCAGACCGUCCCUGUGCCAGUGUCCGACAACUGUCAGCUCCGGUUGCUGCUUUGGUUGGUGUAUGAGCAAUCGUGGAAAGCGCCCGAGACCGAUGCUCAGGUUAGGAAGGUUUUCGAGUCCACGGGAGAGUGUGCGUGGAUAAGUGAACGCCCCUAUCUAGAUUUGCUUGCCGUGCAUGAUGAUAUCCGGGUGGGGGUGCCAGAGUCAAUAGAGGUGCCAUCGGUAGGGGUGCCCACUUGUUUUUGUUCUGUGUCGCACGGGGGACCCGGGGUGGCUAUGGGGGUGGCAGACUGCAAGGCCUACUUCAUGCAAUUCCCGGUGCAGAAGGGGGGAGAGAGAGGGGCCGUCCUUCCCGUGACCUUCGCGUUGCCGGGCACGCCACGCGUCGUUACUGUGAGGAUGGAGAAUCGUACAGUACCUGGUAAUGCCACCAUAGGUAAUCUUAGAGACGUAUGCGGGUCUAGGGCCUAUUUGUUUUUGCCUUACGGAUGGGGGGGGUUGCUGCUAUCUGGCGACCUUGAGACUCCCUUUCGAGGUGAUGCCGAUUAGGAAGGGCCACAGGCCCCAAGGUAGCGUUUUCGGUCAUGUCCCGAGUCGGGCUAAAAGGGAGAUGGCGGCGUUUCACACUACAGAGGCGUACCACUGGAGGAUUAGCCUGGGGGAGAAGUGGGGACUCGGGAUUUUCCCCUGGUACGGGGUUACGUUUUUGGCGGAUCAUAUCGAUAACAUUACAUAUACUCUCCAAGGUUUUGCAAACGAGACAAUCAAGAGCUUCAGGCAGUUGUCGCUUACCCAGAAGAGCCAUCGCUUGACCCUGCUUAAACACGACAUGGCCUUGGAUUAUAUCCUGGCCCGGCAAGGGGGGUUGUGCGUGUCCCUGAAUUUGUCGGAUGACGCCUGUUACACUUUAAUCCCUGAUAACACGGACAAUAUUACCAGUGUCAUUGACGCGCUCAGAACUAUCCGGGACUCUUUUGGGCCUUCUGAGGGCGCCGGCUGGUCGGCUAUGGGCUGGCUGUAGGACAGGGUGGGGCCUAUGGGGGCGGUACUGGUUCAGUUGUUGGGGGCGCUGGGGAUAUCAUUGUGUGUAAUGUUUUGCUUUUGCACAGUGAUAUUGACGUGCGCGAAGGCCAUGAUGUUGCGGUGGUUCGGCGUGGUGAUGCCGGGGGACCAAACCCAGAUGCCGUUGAUCCCGGUUGGACGCGGGGUGGGUCGGGGUUUUGUGGAGGAGGUGCUGGUAAAUGAUAGGUACCGGUUUUAGAGAAAUGAAGGAACAAAAAAAAAAAAAAAAAAAGAGGAAGAAAUGAACCAUUAUACAAUGGGGUCGCCCGGUUUGCCAGGUGUUUUAGCUUAGACUUUGCUUAUUUUUUCAUAUGGGAUUGCAUGAUUGUGUUUUUGUUUUGCUUUUCUUCAUUGUUAUGUGGUUUGCCCUACAGUGUUGCCCGGACGAUGUCCGGGUGGGGGGAUGGAGAGGCCGUCCGGUCCGUGAUCGACAUUGCCGUGUUCCUUUUACCAAUGUUGCAGUAGUUCUCGUUCGUUGCAGGACGCUUGGACGCUGACCGGGGCCUUUCUAGGGAUGCUAAGGACGGUGGAAUGGACUUGGGGACGUUUCAUGGACAGCGGGCCCUGGGCAGCGCCGACCGGUGCUCCUCGACGAGGAGGCCCCGGUGGACUGGACAUUGCUGAUGCACGCACUCGCACACGCAAGGGGUGGGGCAACACUGGGGGUGUGUGGGGCGUUACUUUGUUGCAUGCUUUGAUGGCUUGUUUGUGUAUACCUCACUGUGUUACCUUGUUGUUGUUGUUUUUUUUUUUUGCCAUGUUAUUUGCUUUGUUAUGUUACCUCGUUUGCUUACCCCGUGGCAUGUUUACUAUUCGACAUUAUAUUUUGACCGAUUGUAUUUGAAGGUCGUGGUUCCGUUUGUUGCUGUGUUUAGGGCUCAUGCUACGCUUUGUGAAAUGUGAUGUGUGCCGGAGCUCCCUUCACCUGGCUCCCGUCAGGUGAGAGGCGCCUCCGGGGGUGUAGAAUGGGCCUCCCUCUUUUUCCUCGUCAUUAGAUUGGCGGGGGGUUUUCGACGGCGGUCCGGCAACUUUUUGGGGCUUCUAACGGGCCACAGCAAACUUUUCCUCUCCAAAUUGAUGGCGUUGGUGAUAUAUUACCGAAGGGGAGUGUGCGGACGGCGUCAAUCAGUUAAUGGGGUUGGGGGAUUCGAUCUUGGUCAAAUGUGGUUCCUGAGAGGCCUCAGAUUGCUGUCAGGGAGGAAUUUGCUAUUAAAUUAGGUUGAGCUUUCCUAGUUAAUGUAACCUUAAGUAGCAUGCCUUGCAGGGCUGUGGACUCGGUUCGGACUCGGGGACUCGGACUCGGUCGGACUCGGUCAUUUUUGCCGGACUCGGACUUGGACUCGGUGCUGAUUUUGACCGAGUCCACUGAGUCCGACAAUAAAAAAAAUACGUUCAAUUUUAUUUUCAUCAUGCUGCUGAGAAUGCGCGUAGGAAUACUGUCCACAGCUCUGCUACGGUUACAGAGGCGUUGCUACACUAAAGGGAGGGGAGAUUGUGUCUGUAGCAAUGCUGAUUAGCUAAAGAAUGCAGUGUGGUGUAAAUUAGCACUCAACCAGCUGUUCGUCUCCCAUUGUUGGCUGACUUGUCCGCGAGUGAGAUCAGAUAAGAGAUUCAAGAGUUUUUAUUCGCCAUGUUUGAGCAUGUCAAACAAGGAAUUUGACUUCGGUAAAAACACACCCUCUGUUCAACAUUUACCGUUUUUUUCCGUGUAUAGUGCGCCCCCAUGUAUAGUACGCACCCCUAACAAUGGCAUGCUGAUGCUGGAAAAAAGCUUGUACCCAUGUAUAAUACAAUGUUUAUGAAUUUUUUUUUUUUUUUUUUUUUUAAGUCCCAAAGAUCGUCACACACGCAGGGAGGCAAUGGGUCCCAUUUUUAAAGUCUUUGGUAUGGUCUUAACUAGGCUGGAUGUCAUUUUUUUUGUUGGCGUUGAUUUCUCCGACUGCCCCUAAGCGCACCACCGCGCUCCGUGCGCACACGGCGGCUCUGUAUGGGAGAGACGUUGAAGAGGAAUAAAAACACCCUUGGAAACCAAAACUUGCCCCUCGUCGUGACUCGGAGCCGCAACAAAUGUUUCGGAUUUGUGUAGGGUACAUUGUGACAGACGGCAAACUAGCAGGUGAUCGAGCGAGCGUCUGAUACAAGAGCAUUGCGGUCGUAUGGAGCGUGUUUGAAAUGAACAGCAGAGACGAAAGGAACAAGGCAAAGUGUUGUGAAAUAAAAUAUUACCUGUAAUACGCAUUUUGUUAUUUGCUGAUUGAAACUGCUAAUUAAACUGUGAAUUGAAACUAAUAGGUGGAGAACUGAACUCUCGCUCUUUAUAUAGCUGACGUGUCUUGCGCAACCGUUCUGCGCAUCUGUAAUGGCGGCCUCCGUAUGACGUCCGGUCCGCGAUGGAGAUUAAAAAACAAACAAUAUUUGACAAUAACACACCAUCGAGGAUUGCACCAUCGCAUCAAACGAUGUGUCGUCAAUUAUGAAUUUUACUAAGUGUGUU